GUCAGCCCCUGCUGCCUGGCUUUCUUGCACUUUAGAGCUGUUUUUAACUCCUGUGAGCUCCCUGGCAGCUUGAGCACAAACCUCAGAGCUACAGUCUGGUAGACUUCCACAGCUCUCUUCAGAGGCAAGCUUUGUGAUUCUCUGGGGGUUUCCCCCACCCACAAUUGUUUUUAAUGGUUACAUUUGGCAUUUUCAUAGAUCUAGGCAGAGUAAAUCCCUCAAAUUAAUUUUUGUUGCUUUAAACUCUGUUGCUCCCUAGCACUGCUUGUGUUCAAGUCAGGGAUCCCUCCUCGCUCUUUUUUUGCAUGUGGCUUCUGUUGUGAACCAUGGAGUCUGUUGUGCAGCUGGUCUUCCCCCUACGCAGCUAGACUCGACAUGGUUACAGGACUGACCACAGGGCGGCAAUGCAAGACACCCUCCAAGGAAAAUUGGCAGCCUGGGGAGCCUAGGACAGACAGAGAAGGUGGCGGUAUUCCCAUGCUGUUCUUGCUGCUGCUCGACUCUUGGGACACCCAUCUUCAACAAAACAACUUUGUAACUGGAACUGAAGUGAACGGACAGUCUGAAAAUACUUUAUAUUAGAGUCUUUCACUAAGAAUGAGGAAGCAUAUGGAUAUUUUUUAGCAGCAUACUCUUCUCCCCCACUUCACCUGUAACAAAGGACAAAUACAUAGUAUGUGUCGUGGUCUAAAACUGAAUUGCCUUGUUUCAGCAAAUACUUGGACUAGGGGACCCAUCCACCCACCUCUGUAACACUGCAGUGAAUCUGGGUUCUCAGUUUGGCUGGCAUGUUCAUACAGUGUAACUUGUCUUCAGCAUCAUGUUUGCCUUUGGAGUGGGUUGCCACCUUUCAAAAAUUCCCUGCCUGCUGUGGAGAUGGUUAGAGAUUUUAGGAAAGCCAUAGUAAUGGGCAGAAGUGUUGCUUGACAUCUUGACUAUUACACUUAAUUGCUGUGUAGGCAGCUGCAGCAAUUGGGCUUUUGAUAUCUUAGUUGCUAGGAAGGAGAAGGGGAGAAUGAAGAGGGCAGUAAGCAGGCAGAUACUGGUUUUAUUUUCUUUCCUUUCUGGUGAACCUACAUGUUCUUACAGUUGAAUUGUACAUCUUCCCCACCCCGCCUCUCUACUUAGUAGGUUAAAAUUACACAAAAGUUUUCCUCUGUUUCCUUUGACUUUUUUAGUAGGCUGAAACAGGCUUUUUUUCACCACAUUAUGCCGAGCAGGGAAGGAGCCUUGUGUUGGGGGUGGUGCUGGAAAGAAGGCCAGAGUUGGAACUAAAAGACAAGAUUAGAAAACAACAAGAUCUGGCAUUGACUCCCUGUAGGAGUGAGCUUUUUGUUUUCUGCUUUAAGCAUUUCCAUAAGAAUGACUAGAUUUUGAAGUGUGUGAUACAGACAGCAUUUGAGAAUGACACCCUCUUGGCUGGUGUUUGCUGCUUCUGAAUCUUAAGACUUGAGAGUGGUCCUCUUUCUGCCAAGUGCCUGGCUUGGGUGUGGGGGGAGGUAGAGGAUUAUUCUCUUCUACAAAAUAGUUUUAAGACUUCUUAUGGCAGGUAGUUGCUAGCUAGAUGAAUGUGGCAAAGCUGUCCAGAGUGAGGACUAAGUUGAUGGCAAGAAUAAGGGACUUGAAGCCUCUUGGUUUAUACAGGCUUCCACAGUGUAUCGAGUGAUGCGCUUCAGGGAGCGUAUGUAAUGGGAUGCCCUGGUUAACUGUGCCACUCUUGCUCCCAAAGCCAUAGAGCUGCAAGCCUGUGUGCUGAGGCAGGACUGUGGGCAGGCCCUUGUGCUGUGCUGGGACUGGCAGGCUUCAGUGGGAGCUGGCUAGCCCCUCUUCAGUGGGCAGGAAUGGCAGCUUAAUGUUUAAGAUAUGACUUCUGCUCUUUGCCCCCAUUACCUACUUAGCAACGUGCUUUUUUCUCUUGGCUGUGUAUCUCCCCUCAUCUGUUCGCUGUGUGCAUGUAUACAUGUGGAUGCAUCGUGUAUAUGAACAGGGGGAUGCUUGUAAACUUCAGCAUGAGAGCAGAUUGUCUAUCCUUUAACUCUUGAAAAAGAAUGAAGGAGAACCUGUUGUGAUAAAACAGCAUUGUUGCUCUCCAUUGUUGUAAAAACCCUUACAAGUGACUGACUCUUUUAAAGAUGUCCGUUAUAUCACUUAAAAUAAGCUGUUAAAUUAAUUCAAGUAUGAAUGUGUGUAUAUUUGCUUUCUUCUAAUACGUCAUACAUACUGUAUUUUGUAAUGAUGGAAGUUCGUUCUUUCUUCACACAUUCUUUCAGGAGCUGAUUUCUUCAGUUGCCUUAUUCCAGAGCAUGGAGCACUGGCAAUUUCCACCCAAAAAUUACUUUGGUGGUUGUUGAUUAUUCAUCAAGUAACUUACCUUGCUUUUUGCCAGGCUCUAGCUAGAGCAGGCUGCCAAUUCUUUGAGCCAUAGCUGCCCAGACCUCUUCUGCUCCAAGUCUGUGGCAAUGUAAGGGUUGCCUAUAUGGAAGCAGUUGCUUGAUAGAGCUGCAUAUACCAGCCUCUGUGCAGCUUAUCCGAGGGCAGCAGGAACCACCGGGCACCAGGUUGUUCCCUUCAAAACCACCUGGCCAGUGGAGCAGCAGGAAUAUCACUGGUGUACAUUCUGUACAGGAGCUGAUAAGAAGGUGAAAGGGCAGGAGGAAAUAAAAGGGAGGACAGAUAGGCAAAUAUAACUAGUUAUGUAGAAGUGGAACAAGAAAGAUGGGAAAUAAAAAUAAGGAAAAUAAGGCAAGUUCUGUGUAAGUGAAGGACCUGUACUGUGGGAGCACUAGUGCAAAUAAUGGUGCUGGAAAUGAGAUACUAAAGAAAAGGUAUCACCCCUUGUGAGGAGAGGGGAGGGAAAGAAGCAGAUGGUGUAAAGGAAGGGUCAUGAACCCUGGAAACAUGAUUGUGAGGAACUACGUAGAGACUAUUGUUCUACUAUUUCUCACAUAUUUUUAAUCCUGAUUUGUCCAGUUGCUUGUGCUUCAGUUAUGCAAAUAUCUAAGCAGUAAUAAUUAAAACCAAAAGUACGUGCAGAGCAUGGUUACAGGAGGGGAAUAUGGAGUGUUCAGUGGAGUUUGAGACGAUUAGAAAAACAAAUCAAUGUUUGGUAGCUUUUAAUAUAGGUAAUUACAAAGCUUGAUGUAGAAUAGCGCUAGUUGUUUUAUAACCAAGAUAACUUAUUUCAGCCUUGUUUUGGUGUCCUAAAAUCCCCAAGAAGGAUCAGAAAUCUUGCAAGACUACCCAGCAAGCUAGGAAGCUCAGAGGGCCUGAAAUGUAAAUUCUAGGAUUAUGUAUGCCCCUGAAACUUCUGUCUCGCCUUUCAAUGAAACUUGUGAUACUUUAUGUUCUUGGAAAGAUUGUGGGCAGUCAUAAAUGUGAUGGGAACGUGAAGAAAUAGUAAAUAAGCUUAAUGAGUCUCUUUUUUUAUUCUCUCUAGAAAUUUCUUCCUAGUAUUUUGCCUAGUUGCAUGGAGACUCUCACUUCUGCUAUUCCUUUCUACAAAUUCCCCAAGUAACUUCUGAAGUCUUGUACUUUCCUAGCCAAAAUCCUCUUCAAAUGGGGCGAACUAGCACAUUUUUCUAGGAUAGGAGUAUGCCAGUUACAUCAGUUACUGUUGAAUGGUGAUAACCACCAACUGGAUCGAUCACAUCUUUGUAUGUUGCAGCUAAAGAAAAAUGGUCAUCUUCAGUAGUGGUAGAGAUUUUAACGACGACUUCUGGUGGCGUGUUUCUAACAGGGUGAUAACGUUUGUCGUCUGUGUCCCGAAAACUUGAUUAUGUGGUCCGAAAUCCUCCACAAAAAUCAAAUACUUGCAUAUUUAUGCUUGUUUUACCCAUUCUCUUACUCUUGCUCUUAGUGACUAAGUACUUCAUCAGACUAAUUUAGGUAAAUGGUAUUUGGCAGUGGCGGUGAAAAAUGUCUGUGCUUCUGAGCUUUGGGUUGCCACAAGAAGGAAUUUGAGUCUUCAGGCUCAGUGUCCCUCUGCAGCUUCCAACUUGGUGUGUCAUCUGAUGUCUCGACACGCUUACGUGGCAGGGAAAAUUCUGCCUGAUGCUGCCUGUUGCCAGAAUCUUCUAUUUUUUUCCUUCUGGAGGAGACACCCCCUCCUGCCUCCAUUAAAAUGGCUUGCUUUCUCUGCCCUGUUGUGCUCUUUAGUUACUGUUGACUACGUACUUCUCAGUACCCUUUUUCCUCUUCUGCUUCCAGUUCCUGUGUGGAAGGAAGAACAUCAUCUGUUUGCAGUUACAAAGAAAAGCAUGGUUUCCUUGCUGAGGGAUGGAGCUGCUUAUAGUGAGAACCUGUCUUUGGGCAUUGGAGCCUCUGGUAGUCAUCUGCCUGAGUUAAGGCAGAGGCAAGAAUGAUUCUGCUCAUUUACCAGGGAAGAGUGGUCCAGUUCCUCAGAGGUGCGGAGCAGCAGCUGUACUUUCUGGUCUCUUUGCAGAAACCAGAUAACAUGUCACCCGUGUAAACAUAAGCCAAUUCUUUGGGCUGACAAGGAGAGAAGGAAGUACUUACCUACAUACUUUCUUUAGAACUAAUAGUUUAACUUAAGCUGAUGGACUAGUCUUUCCUAAGACCCGAGGAAGAUGACUACAGUAUGUCUAGGUAGGCAGGGAGAAGAUAAAGAUAUACCAGAAAGAAAUAUUUUAACAAAUACAAAGGAACUUUCUGUCUCCUUUUAUUCUAUCCCUAGCUUAACACCCUCCUUCCUCUUUAGGUGUUUGGAGUUUUUGAAAGAACAGUGGAGGCAAAUAAAUCCACUAUUCCUGACAGAGUGAUGGGGACUGACUCCUGGGGAAAGAAGCCAUCCAAAUGUGAAUGCCACAGGCAGUGGCAUGAAUUGGCUUGCUGAGGCACUGCUGGUGAAGUAGAUUUCAGAAAAUAAGCCAUCUUCCUCUUGCUUUGCAAUUCAACAGUACUAUAGCUUCUGUGUGUUUACAGAGUACUGAACGAGCACUGCAGUGAAGCUGCUUCCUUUUUCUUUUGUCACUUUUUUCCCCCCUCCUUAAUUUGUGAUUUGGUGGGAGACCUAAAUAAGUAUCUACACUUGGGAUGGGGGGGAAAGAAUGGUUAAAAACAAAACCAACAGCUAAAUUGAUCUACUCUAACACUGACAGUCACAGUGCUCUUCAGCUGGCUUUACAGUACUCCAGUUACUGCUUCUGUCAUAGUCCACCAUAGCAUUACAUUUCUGACUGGCAAAUGCAGUGUAGUUCUCUUGUUUCUGCUGCUGAACUGCAUGCUGUGAGGUUACUUAUUUCUCUCAUGUCUUCUUCAGCAGUCCUUUAGAAAAGAAUCAAGACGAAUGUAUUGUGGAGCAAGCUGCUUUUUCUGAUGCUGCAGUAAAAUGAAGACCAGAACUGAAGCGAUUCCUGAAACCCAAGACAAAAAAAAAGCAUUAGGUGUUCAUAAUGACUCCUUUGAGUGACUGACUUGAACCUUGCACCUCGAAAUUGGACUUUUAUGAUAGUGAUGAUUUAUAAGAGUAGCCUCUGCGGCACCUGUGUUCUCCAAGGCCAUCAGAAGUUUUGAUGCAGUACCACUUUGGGCAGCAGAGCAUGUGUGGCAAACAGGGUUGGUACAGUAGGCCUCACUAAACUUAGCUGCAACUAAGAAUUUCUCCUACAUCAACUGAGUUAAGGCUGAUGCUCUUGUGGAAUGUGGAUUAAAAGUGCGUGCUAAGUUCCAAAUUUCCAUUUGAGAAGCGGAGAAAGUAAAUGUACCACAACCACCAGCAUCAGGACAGCAAACCAAGGGACAAAGAAUUUGAUCCACAGUGUUGAUAUAUGUUAACUGGUUCACGUGUUGCUUAAAAGACGUUUGCUGGGGGGCGAGAAGUGGACGUCAGCUGUGCGAAGUCAUUUUGUUUACAAAAAUGAGGGCUUCUUUGGAAACAGCAGACAUUGCCAUUGUGGCACUGUACUUCGUGCUUGUAAUGUGCAUAGGUUUUUUUGCCAUGUGGAAAUACAAUCGGAGCACCGUAAGUGGCUACUUUUUGGCAGGGCGUUCUAUGACCUGGGUAGCUAUUGGUGCAUCUUUAUUUGUGAGCAAUAUUGGAAGUGAACAUUUCAUUGGGCUCGCAGGAUCUGGAGCAGCGAGUGGAUUUGCAGUAGGUGCAUGGGAAUUCAACGCCUUAAUGCUUUUGCAGCUUUUAGGAUGGGUCUUCGUCCCAGUCUACAUCCGGUCGGGAGUGUACACCAUGCCUGAAUACUUGUCCAAGCGUUUUGGAGGGCAUAGAAUUCAAAUAUAUUUUGCAGCAUUGUCUCUAAUUCUUUAUAUCUUCACCAAACUCUCAGUUGACUUAUAUUCAGGGGCACUUUUUAUUCAAGAAUCACUAGGUUGGAACCUUUAUUUGUCAGUUAUCCUCCUUAUUGGAAUGACUGCACUGUUGACUGUGACUGGAGGUCUUGUGGCUGUCAUCUACACAGACACCCUUCAAGCACUCCUUAUGAUUAUUGGUGCCCUCACACUUAUGAUCAUAAGUAUUACGGAGGUUGGUGGGUUUGAAGAAGUUAAAAGAAGGUACAUGUUAGCGUCACCAAAUAUUACGUCUAUCUUGUUAACCUACAACAUUUCCAAUACUGAUUCCUGCAAUGUCGACCCAAAGCCUGAUGCUCUUAAAAUGUUGCGUGAGCCAACAGAUGAAGAUAUUCCCUGGCCUGGAUUUCUGCUGGGACAGACCCCAGCUUCUGUCUGGUACUGGUGUGCCGAUCAAGUCAUAGUGCAGAGAGUUUUAGCUGCAAAAAACAUUGCUCAUGCCAAAGGAUCCACUCUGAUGGCAGGCUUCUUAAAGUUGCUGCCGAUGUUUAUUAUAGUUGUCCCAGGGAUGAUUUCACGAAUACUGUUUGCAGAUGAUAUCGCCUGCAUUAAUCCAGAACACUGUUUUCAAGUCUGCGGGAGCAGAGCUGGAUGCUCUAACAUUGCCUACCCACGCUUGGUGAUGAAACUUGUGCCAGUUGGUCUGCGCGGACUGAUGAUGGCUGUGAUGAUCGCUGCACUGAUGAGUGACUUGGACUCGAUAUUCAACAGUGCCAGCACCAUAUUCACACUUGAUGUCUACAAACUCAUUCGGAAGAGCGCGACGUCUAGAGAACUGAUGAUUGUAGGAAGAGUCUUUGUUGCGUUCAUGGUAGUUAUAAGCAUUGCCUGGGUCCCGAUAAUUGUAGAAAUGCAAGGUGGUCAGAUGUACCUUUAUAUUCAAGAGGUAGCAGACUACUUGACCCCACCGGUGGCUGCUCUGUUUCUUAUGGGUAUCUUUUGGAAGCGUUGCAAUGAGCAGGGGGCUUUCUAUGGCGGAAUGGCUGGGUUUGUUCUUGGAGCGAUACGGUUGAUACUGGCGUUUAUCUAUCGUGCUCCGGAGUGUAACCAGCCGGAUACUAGGCCAAGCUUUAUCAAAAACAUCCAUUACAUGUAUGUUGCGACAGCUCUGUUCUGGAUCACUGGGAUUGUGACCUUUAUAGUAAGCCUCCUCACGCCUCCGCCUACGAAGGAGCAGGUUCGGACGACCACAUUCUGGGCCGUGAAAAACAGGAGUGUAAAAGAGAACGCUGCAAAGGGGGAGCUGUACAAAGUGCAAGAAAAGAGUAUCCUCAAGUGCAAUGAAAAUGCUAACCAUAUCAUUCCAAAUGGUAAAUCGGAAGAAAAUAUUAAAAAUAUUAAGCCAGAGGAUAUCAAUCUUCUGGUUACUUGCAGAGAUGACAGCAACCCAGUGAUUUCUGUGAGUCACUCUGAAGUCGAGACACCAGUUGAUUGUUAUUCGAACGGACAGGCGGCUUUGAUGGGGGAGAAAAAGCACGAGGAAGAGACUGAUGAUAGAGAGAGACAUUUGAAAUUCAUAGAUUGGUUCUGUGGCUUUAAAAGUAAAAACAUGAACAAGAGAGCUGUUCGGGAGAUCGAGGAAGAGACUGUUUGUUUACAAAUGCUGGAAGAGACUCCAAAAGUUAAACUAUUACUAAAUACUGGACUGGUCUGUGUCUGUUCGCUUGGAAUAUUCAUGUUUGUCUAUUUCUCUUUGUGAGUAGUGAACUUUUAAGGGUAUGGCUAAACAUACAGAAGUUGAUACAGGUCUCUGGAGAUUUUGUUUGUUUUGUUUUUCUUUUCAAAUAACAUAACUGCAACCCAGGCGUUGUUUACGCUAUAGUUGUAAGAUCAACUCAACUUUAGCCUGUUUAGAGACCAUUUGAGACAUGUCCUAUCUCUGCUGAAGGCAGAACGUGUCUUGUGGUGUCUUUUUCUUUUUUGCCUUUUCCCUCCCCCCUCUCCAUUUGCAGUACUUACCUUUUGUUUUCCAUGUAUACAUGUAUAACUAUACCAAAGGCAGGCAGGUGGCUGUGUUUGUAAUCAGGCAGUUACAGAGCUCAGUCAGCAUUAGGGUGCAGAUAACAAGUAAUCAUUUACCGAUGUGUAAAAUCUUUAGAUUUUGAUUAAAGCUGUGUUGAAACUUUGUUGGGCUUUUUUGGGUGUGGUUUUUUUUUUUUAAUGUAAGGCUGUGACGCACAUUGUUGUGUAGUCGUUCUUUGUAACAUAUCCAUAUUACCUUGGCCAACUUAGCACUUUUAAAUUUUGCUCACUGCUUCUAGUUCUUUUUUUUUUGGUUUGUUUCUGGGGUUGGUGUUUUUUUUGUUUCUCAUUUCUCUUGUGGCAAGAACAGGAGAUUUUGUCUCAUCUUGUAGCACUUAAAACAUGAUAGUUGUUAGUGGCUUUCUGUUUUUUUUCUCCGUAAGGAAAUUUUUGUCUUUUGAUUUUAUCCACUGUAAAUUCUGUGACUGAAAAGUUGUUAUAUUUAAAAACAGAGAAGAAAAAAAAACCCAACCUGGCAAACUGGUAAUGAAUGAGAUGGGGAAAAGGAAAAAAAGAAAUACUCUUUAUUUAGGUUUUGUAGUAUAUUGAAAUAGAAUGGUGUAUAUUCAGCCCCUUUGGUCCCCAAACCUUUAGGCAUAAUUAGGGUUAGCCUCUUUUUAGAGAAAAACCUGUGCAUAGAUUCUACCACAUGGGAAAAAGAAGUGUGAGACUUUGCAUGUCUUCAGUUUGGCAAGCUCUAUGAAAAUAACUCUUCUCUGCUGUGUAUGUGUAGGAGAUACUCUGCAGCCCUACCACUGCUCCGUAUUGAGUCUGUAAGGGGAGAAAAACAAGUGGAAAGACAAGAGGAAGGGGAAGUGUGGGAAAGAGGAGGAAGUGGUCCUUAUUUUCCAGAGUCCUUUUGCUUCAUGGCUACUCCCACAUCCCCUUUCACCCUGUCAAACCUUCUUUUUUUUAAGGAAUGACUCCUGAGGGGUUCUGUGCCGGGAGAUAAGGAGAGCGUGCAGUCAUAAUCUGUGUCGGCAAUUGAGGUCUGCCCUUACAAUUCUUCAGAAAAAGGUGACACUUUUCCCAGGCGAUCACAGAUGAUCAGUAGGUCUCGAGAUGCUGAGGUUCUUUUCUCCCGAAGGAUGGAUGCCCGAGGCAGGGAUGAACAGUUUACAGCUUUGGAGGACGUGUGUGCAGCAAGUCUGUGGAGCUCAGCAGACUGAAAGGUCACAGAUCUCGGUCUGCUUACCCCUUGGUAAAGCAGGAGAACGUGUUGCCAUCUGGGGUGCCAGGGCCCAUUUUCGGGCGUGGAGGCCAGCUGACAGUGUGAGGCUGCACUUGUAGUAUUAAACUCCCUUACCCUCCAGGACAGAGUGGUCAUAUCCCGCCUUCCCAUGUAAAUAAUUCCUCCAGUUGUCUUUGUUCCCGAGCUCAUCUAGAGAAUUCUUUGGGAGAGCAUGAAGUGGCUGGGCCAAAAAUGGUCUAAGGGACCAUGCUGACAAUUCAACAGCAUUGAUUCAAGGGUCCAGUAUAAUUUAAUAAUAUAAACAAGAACCAAUACCUAUGGGUGAAAUAGUUCUGUAGAGGUGAAAUUUGGGUUAAUCCUGCCAUUGGAGAAAGUUUGCUUUCCAGUACAGUGGAGCCAUAAGCUGCAGGCCAUCUAAAUAGCUUCUACUAGUAUGAUGUACAGUACAUUUUUUCAGAUGAAAUUAUUAGCUUCCAUUUUUGUUGGGAUUUUUGUUUGGUUUUCAAAUCAGUUGAAUCCCAUUAAUUCUGGGACUUGAAACAGAGGCCAAGAUGUCCCACCUUUAUUCACUUUCUCAGAAACCUAGAAUGGUUUGGACUGGAAGGGACCUAUAAAGGUCAUCUAGUCCAACCCCCCUGCAGUGAGCAGGAGAAUCUUCAACUAGAAGAUUUGUUGAAGAACAAACUAAACAAACAACUUUGUUUAGUAGUUGUUGUUUUUGCUGGAAAGUAGACUACUCUAACUGGAAAUACAGUAAUAAGUGUAGGAGCGGUGUUGCAAUAUAUGUAGAAGAGUUACCAUAUCUGAGUCUUGAUGUUAAUACCAGCGUGUUGAGACAGAUCAUCUUACUGUUUAUGUGGCUGGCUUCGUUCAGAAAAAUAUUUUAAGUCCUUUUUAAUGGUAGAAUUGUAGCAUGUGAAAUAUGUGAGUGGCAUCUCAAGUUAAUUCGUUAGUGGGCUGAGUUGGGAAGGACGGUACUAUAAGAAACAUGUAAAACAUAGUUAAUUGUUUCUGUGCAGGAUAAAGCAAUCCAGGGCAAAAUUUGAUCUUAGUGGGAUGGAAAAUAACAGCUUGUGGAGGUUAAAGAUAAGUCAACAAUAUCUUCUUGGAAUGGAUGGGGUCUGGCUAAUAUGCCUAAUUUGAUAUAAGGAGAGAGACUCAUGUACCAGGCACUGUCCCUAAGUAACUUGGCAUGUCUUUCCAUUAGUGACUGGUACUUGGGUUUUCCAGACCGGUCCUCUUUGCUCUCAAUCUUAAUAAAUGCUGUGCCACCUAACCUGUGAAGCCAGGUUAGCUCAGGGACCCUUUUGCUUGGCUGCCAUUGCUUCAUCUGUGCUUGCUUUUUUCCCAGGGUGCCUUACAUGGUUAUGAAGCUGAAGGCAUGGCUUUAAUUGUCACCUGAAGAGUGAUUUGCUUGUAAUGGCUUUUCCCAGCUCUUUUUUUUUUUUCUUUUCCUUCUCUCUUCCCCCAAGUCAUUUGCUAUUUAAAGAGAAUGCUGUGUAAAGAGUUAAUACACAGGAUGCCUGUGUCCUGUGCUGUAUAACUACAGUCAGAUCCAUGGUGAAAUUAUCCUUCGACUGUGGUAGGGAGUCGUAAUCCUUCGCAAAUGUAUGGUGCAGCCUUUGACUGUUGAAUCUGAGAUACUUCAUCUCCCAGUUAACGUAUUCUCACUUUUGUUAAACUAACAAGUUGCCGCACUAAUCACAGUGGUAAUCGGCAGUCAGUCAGGCUCUUAAUGAAGUAAUACUUUGCGCCCCCAUCUUUAGUCGUGUUAUUGUGAAGAAGCUUUUAAGCAAAUUAUUUCUCUAGUGCUUUUUCUCUUAAGUCAUUUAAAAAUGUGUUUCUGUGCUACUCUCUGCCUAAUGCCAGCCUCUUCAGCUGUAUUUUGUUUUCAUGUCUUCACGGUCAUAGAACUUGCUAAUGUUCUUUGCUGCGUAUAACCGCUUAAUAAAAGGCCUUUCUGGGGGAGGGGGGAACCAACAACCAACCCUAACUUCUAAGGCUUCAAGCAAACUGUCUCUUGGUGAGCAAGUACCUUGCCCUGUGUUAUGGACCUUAUUAUAAUAAGUUUCUUGAGUUUUUUUUUUUUAUAGCGUAAACAUGCCUUUGCUAAUCUUCUGAUUGUGAUCUGUGUGGAAAAGGUAUUAACCCAGUUUAAUAUGUUUUGGUUUAAACACCGACUUUUGCCUGGUAAAAUGAUAAAAGUGUUUCCCGUAAUGGACAAUCGGCUCCAUCAAUUUUAAUGCCUGGCCUCCUCCUCGGUGGGACUAGCUAGUCAUGCAGGGGUAGAUCUAGGAGGACAUCUGCUUCUGUCUUGCAGCAAUUGGUAUAUUUAUAUCCUUGAGCUUAGAAUGACAGUCUUGAAAAACUUAUUUUGGAACGACACCUUUUUUGUUAUUACCCUUAACUUAUUUUUCUGUUAAGAUAUUUGAAUUUUCUCCCAGAAAUUUGUUAGAAGCCUUUUAUUUAAAAAAAAAAGAAAAAAAGAAAAAAAGAAGAGGCAUCUUGAGAGCUUAAUAGUACAUUCUGGGGGACUAUUCUUAUUUAUUUUUUUUAAUGAAUGAUUCGAUGCUAUUCUCUGCCAAAGUUUUGGGUUUUUUUUUGUUAUUUUUCAUGUUAGCUUUUACUAAUACCUGAAAGGAAACAGUGAGCAAUUGUAAGAAAUUAAAAUGGCCUUCAGUAUGCCACUUGUGUAUUUUCCACUUCUCCACUUCUGCGUUCCCCUUUCCACCCUAAUCCCAGAAGGGCCAGCAUGAGACUUCUGAUGCAAGUCAUGAGAGCACUGUAACUGAGUAGGGAAAAGGAUUUCCCACAAGGUUACAGUGACGAGGGCAGAGCCAUCAAAGGAUCUCUGCGUGAACAGUUAAAGCAGAAGAUGCUUACAACUUCAAAACGUACAGCUUUAUUUUUUUUACAUAUAUAUUUUUUUAAAUCCUAAGAUACAGGAGGUGUUGGGACAUGUUCCCUUUCAGAGAACAGGAUACGUGGAAGAAGUUAAGGUUGUUAAGCUCUAGCUUUCUUGAGGAAAUCUUUGGAUUUAGCAUGUAUAGCAAAGCAAAAGUACUCAUCUGUUAAUUUGGUAUGCUGUAUGUUCUGUGCCCUUAAAUGUAAUUGUUUUAAAAAGAAAACUAACCUUGUUAUGUGAUGUUAAGAAGCAGACUUGUGUGCAAUGUUUUAAAUUUUUUUUAAGAAAAUGUUUGUAUAUAAUUAAAUGGUUUAAUGUGCUUUAAUUGGCCUAAGGUAAAGAGUAGUCCUAGAAUGUAAACAUAUAUAAUUAGGAUUUCUGAUUUCACUGUGAGAUCUCUGAAUUCUCUUGUUUUGCAAAGUGGUUUGUUUUGUUUACAAAACACUUUCUAUUAUUUCUUUUAUGGUGUUGGUUUAAAGGCAUUUGCUUCACUUCUGUUCUAAUACUGAAUUCAUGGUAUAGUGACAUCUGGUGACACUUAGCAUUAUCAGUUUCACUGUGUAAAGUCAGACACUUUGAGCAAAAAUGGUAAUGAUAUGACAAUUCUCUGUGUCUAUGAAUACACGUUUUUAAAUGAGGUGGUUAUAAAAAUAGUUGCUGUGCAAAAUGUUAGUAGUCUUCUUCAAGAAGAAAGCAAAUUUUCUAAUAUCACUAGAGCAGUCUCUUCAUUCAUUUUCUUAUUUUUAAAGCACAGUGUCAAAGUGAUGCUGCUUUACCUUGUAUUUCUGAUACAAUGUUUUUUUUAGAUAUCUGUGAAGUAUUUUUGGUUUUUGUUGCUGUUGUAUUUUUCUGCAGAUUUUAUAUAAAAUACCAGUUAUGAACUGCCUUUUUGUUUUGUUUUUUAACUAUUCAACUAAAAUACAUUUCAGACCAAAACCAAAUUAUAUCAUAUAGUAUUUGAAACUUGUCUUUUUCCUUGUCCCUUGUUUUCUUUGAAAUAAGCCAAAUGGGCAUGUAGAUAAGAUCACUAUAAUGGAUCCAGGUCUCCUUUGGUAAAGUGUUAUUUAAAGGUCUGUUAAGAUCUUACAAGACAAUAUACUGAAAAAAAAAUAUUGUAGUAGGAAUAUAGAUUUAGAAGUGUUAAUGAAAUGAAUACAGCUUAAUUAUAUUGUAAGUUGCUACUGUCCAUAAUGACAAGCUUUUUGUCAUAGAAACGAUGUAUGAUAAAUUAAUUUUGGUCUAGUGUAUAGAAUUAUCAUAUUGCUAUAAAUCUUUGAAGUAAAUCUGAUGCAAAAUUUUCAUAGUUAGCAUUGCUGGCCCUGUGUAUACUGUUCUUUGUAUACUGUAUGCAUAUUAUUUUGCCUACUGCAUUAGUCUUCAAACUAAAACUCUUAUUAGAGAGUAUUUGGAUACUUCAGACUGUGUUUCUUGCAGUUUACAUUCCUUUACCAUGGCAUUUUGUCCUGUCUAAAAGUAUUGUAUGGAAAUGUUUAAAACUUCUGUACAAAGUUUCAAUAAAAAUAGAGGAAAAAAAACCCAAACCAGAA